CUCGACCCAACAGUGUAGAGUAGAGCUCACGCAACGUCUAAGCUCUAUACAAGUGUGCUACUCCCUCGGCUUUCUUUGUCAAUCGUUCACUAGACUCGAACGAGUCAGGAUCUCUCUCUCUCUUAUUCUGUCAUUCGCUGAUUUUGGAAACCUUUUUCUCUUGGUUGCCAUUUCCUUGUCAACUGUCGACUUGCAACGAGUUUAUUUCUAUUGUUGGAUCCAACUGAUUUCAAUCGAUUCCGGCAUCGCCCACACACACGACGAGUUUUCCAAACAUCAAAAACACUUGACCGCCGCCAUCAUCAAAAAAGGCAAGGAGGAGUCUGGACAUAUCAGAGAAAAACGACACACAUCAGUGCCGCCGGUCUUCGCCAUACUCUUACCCACGUCACUGACAAUCAUCAUUUCUCGUUGAAGUUUUGAACAAACAACUUUCUUACGGGCUAUUUCUCAUCAUGACGACCAUUUACUUGACUACCGGAUCGGAAUUGUCCAUGUGCGGGAUGAACGGAGCUGCCGGGACCAACGGCGACCGACCCAAACUGCAAUCGUGCGUCAGCAUCGUGGUGGACGACGUGGACGGCGACUGUGACAACAACAGCGGAGGAGGGCAGCAUUAUUACUCGGACUCGCAUCACCACCACCAGUUCUACAUCCAACACCAGACGUCGGCCGAGGGCCAGCAGGAGAGUAGUAAUAACGAGGUGUUUGACGACAACGCAGAUGCCCGCUCCGACAUCAGCCAGUGCUCCCGCGGCAGCCGCGGAUCCACGUCCAGGGAGGAAAGUGAGACGAGGCUUCAACAGAUCAAGGAUGAAGUCCGCCACCGACGGGAUGAAUUUGCUCGGCUUCUCGACGAACACGAACAAGUCGUUCGCGAAUUGAGACGCAUCGAAAGCUCCGGCGAACUCCACUCGCUCGUCGAGACGUCAUCCAGCGGACGGACCGAAGAGGCCCCAUCUCUCGGACUCAAACAGGAAGAGUGAAUCGGGAAGGAAGAACAAAAAAAAUAAGACAAAAACAAAAAACCCAACCAACAUAGCUCUUUUUUUAUUAUUUUUCUGCAAAGUCAUCGCCCAUGUUUUAUUCAACGCGACUCAUCCGCCGACGCAACACUUUCAAAGCAAAGUCAAAGCGGGAAAAUACCAAAAAAACUCCGUCAGGAAUUUCUGAAACUGAAAUCAGAUUAUUUGAAGAAAAGAAUCAAAACAAGAGCUCGAAUAAGUAGGACGAGAGAAAGAUGAAAAUGCGGAACUCUAUUUAUCCGUCGUGAAUUCUUUUUAUCACACAGUCGGAACGAAUAUAAAUCCAUGCGAAAAAUAUUGAAAAAGUGAAAGAAUUUCCAAAAAGAAAAAAAGAAGUAGAGUUGGGUGUGUCAGCAUUUCGUCGUCGCUUCUCCUCGUUUCGUUUUGAAAAUUUCAUUUUGAAAAGAAAAGAAAAAAUUGGCGGUCGAUUCGAAACUUUGUUUUCUUUCACACCAUUGCAUUCUAUUUUUUAUUUUUAUUUUUUCCUUUCACAUGUUUUUUACUUUUUAUUUUGUGUUUCUGAUUAUGUUCACCGAACUGGGACCGCGCAUCAUGCUGUAUACAGUCAUCGUUGCGUGACUUUCAUCACUUUUUCUUUGGUGAUUUGACUGUCUGGAAUGAAUUGAUAAAAAGUCAUAUGUUGAGGCGACCGAAAAGAAUUUUUAUGAUUGCGAACUGCGAAUAUAAUAAGUGUGUAUGAGAGACGCCCCUUCCAAUAAAAUUCAGUUUGUGACGCAAGGGAAAAUAAGAAUUGAACCGCAGGACAGAGUGAAAAAGACAAUGCUUGAAAAAAAGAGAUACAAGCGCUUGCAUAGUAUGUACGUCGAGUGAAUGACACAAAUGGUAUCAUGGAAUUCAUACCGGUUUAAGUAGCUACAUCAAAAUGCGUGUUAUAUAUAUAUAACCAUCGAUAUAUAUAAUGUGUGCCUUGCUGUGUAGGUUAGUUUUGACGACGACUAAAACGACGACUGGGAAAACAAAAACAUUAACAUUCAGAGACCACUAUAUACCAAUUAUUAUUAUAUCGAUUAUAACUGAGAAAAAAAAGUAAAAACGUCUAAUUCUAUUUGCGCGUAUACACAACACAGACAUAUGUAACGGAAUAUAGAGAGUUCGGACUGUGUUACCACCAUUCUUAUUAUUAUAUAUCCCCCACAUGCCCGCGCCCGCAAACCAAAUUAUUAUUAUACCUACUCACUAUACAUAGCGCACCACCGGACUGGCCCCCCUUCAAUCUCCUCCGUUUUAGGUCAUCAUAUCUAUACUAAUAAGUUUCCGUGUAAUGAAUACCAAAUCUUCAUCUGGCCUGUGCUGUUACGUUCUAUUCUUGUAUAGACGCGUAUACAUACGUGCACCAGUGGAUUUGAUUCAAUCAGGCAGGAUCAGCAGCAAUACAGUAGUUAGACAAUGUAACGACCAUUCGCCAUAGACUUUAAUGGAGUCGGUUGUCCAUCGAUCGAGUUGUUAUAACAUCGGCAUCAGUAUAAAACAUUUCAAAACAAGAGAAAACCAAAUUCAACAAAUCAAACGUGGGUCCUGAUUAUUACACUAUAUCACAAUAUUAUAUGUGCGUGUGUACGUCAUUUGAUGCGUGAAUGCCUCUGGGUGUGUGUGCGUUGUAUUAUAUGCCCAUCAAAUAAUUUCAAAAAAUCUUACAUCUUCUUUGAAUUUGGUUUUUCUUUAGAACUUUUGACGCCAAAAAAUCUUUUCUGGUUUUUCUUUUCAGCCUCUUGUUGUUUUUAUUCUUCCAAAUGUCUGCGUCCUAUAUGAAAUGGGUUUGUGUGCGAUUGCGUGUCUCCUGUGUGUCUCAGCAUAUAUUAUAUUAUACAUAUUAUACACCACAUAUUACAUAUAUACCUGUAUUACCUAUGGCUCAUUAUCGUUAUUACUCCCGUGUCUUUUAUUUGUCGAUCAUCAUAUCUCUCCCUUUUGUGUUUUGUUGUUCGACCCGGAAAACAUCGAUUAUUUGGUUCCGCUGCCACCGCGUAUAUGAUGAUGUGUCUCUGUAUCAUAUCGAUAUACUGUGGCGUCAUUUCUUAUUGAUGUGCGCGCUCUAUUUGAAUUUUUUAGUUGAUUUCAUUAUUUUCUUUUUCCCAAAAGAGAAAGAUGAGAGCGCUAUGUUGGAGAUUGAGUUGUAUUUUUCUUUUUCUUUUUGGCGCGUGCGUCACGUGAAUAAAACGAUGAUAAUAAAUACAGAAAAAAUGAAAAAAAAAAAUGAAAUACACGUCUAGACUGAAGA